AUGCCUCAACUCAUUGAGCGAUACUUGCAUACCACUGGAAUGCGACUUCCAGAUCCUCGUGACGACAGGGAGCAAUUGUACAAUGAAAUAGAAGUACUAAAAAGAGAGACAUGUAAGCUUGAGCUGCGUCUGCGUCCGUAUCAGGGACAUGACUUAACCUCCAUUCCUCCACACGAGCUCCACAUACUCGAGCAACAGCUCGAACAAUCUGUCCUUAAAAUCCGUGAGCGUAAGAAUGAGUUGAUGCAGCAACAAUUGGAGAAUCUAAACAGAAAGAGGAAGAUGUUGGAAGAAGAUAACAACAAUAUGUAUCGUUGGCUUCAUGAGCAUCGUGCAGCGAUGGAGUUACAGCAAGCUGGGAUUGAGACCAAACCAGGGGAGUAUCAACAGUUUCUAGAGCAGCUUCAGUACUAUAAUGAUCAUCAUCAGCAACAACCAAACAGUGUUCUUCAGCUUGCUACACUUCCUUCUGAGAUUGAUCCUAAUUACCAUCUCCAGCUAGCUCAGCCUAAUUUCCAAAGCGAUCCAAAGGCCAAUAUUGAUUGA